AAAACAGGAAGAAUUUAAAAACUAUAUUUGUAAUCACAGUUUAUGUCCUUAUUUCCAAGUUGAUGUCUGCAUCAAUGACAUGUAUUUGUUUUAAAAGAUCCUCGCUUCAAUGAUAACUAUGUGGAGCGACGAUAGAGACUUGUGUGAUCUUUUAGCGGGCAGCUUAAUCAAUGCUGUUGGAUAUCUACCAGUUCAGAGACUGAACAGACGGAUAGACGAUAUUCUGUCAAAAAUUCAUCACUUUGGAAGAAAUGUAGAAGUUAUUUUGACCGGAAGUUGGUCUGAGGGUUUCCGAAUGAAUGGUACUGAUGUUGAUAGAAUGUAUGUCGACAAGAAAACACUUGCAUCGGAACAUCCAGAAGAUAUUCCGAGCAGAUUUUGUGCUGUAAAAAUGGAAAAGUCUUCAUCAAUUCCAAAAGGGUAUGUGAAACUUGUACUGGUGACUCCAAAUAAAUCGGGACAGAAUUUAGAUGCAGCAGUGGUACCAGUUGGCGGGAAAUUCUACGUAUCCAGCUCCGCUUACAUAUUGACUUUUGUUCAGGAGGAUCAGGAGCCCCACGGGCCUUGUGUCAGAAGAGUGUCACAACUUGGAACGGAGCAAGAUGACGCGCAUUGUCUGAAAUGUUCUCAUUGGCCGUCAGACGCAAUGGAAUGGUACCAUAGAAAAAGACCUCAUGGCUGGCCGGAUCGUCACCUUAUCAAUGACAUAUACAAAAAGGGAUGUCAUUUGGUAGCAAUUGGUUCCAAGAUGGUCGACAUUCACGGACACUGGACAUUUGAUCCUAUGGUAUGGAGAUUGUCUUUUUCAGUUGCCGAGAAAAGACUGGUUUAUACUUUUAAUGAUACCCAGUUUAUUGUGUAUGGGAUUUUUAAGCUUUUGGUAAAGGAAGCAUUUCGUGAUAAAUGGGAAGUUAUGUGUUCUUAUUUCAUGAAAACUUUGAUGUUCUGGACCAUCGAAGAGACUCCAAAAGAUUUUUGGAGAAAAGAGCGUUUGGUGUCCUGUAUUGAGAUCUGUUUCAAGCGACUAAUUGCGUGGGUGGACAAUGGUUUCUGUCCCAACUAUUUUGUGAGGGAAAACAAUAUGUUCCAUGGAAAGUUGGAGGAAGAUGCCCGCGAGUCGAUGUUCUUGACUCUGUCGGAGUUAUACGGAGAAGGAUGGAGGGGUCUACUGAGGUGUCCGUCCCUUGAAAAUCUCCGACAGGCCCUUGAAGGAGCAAGACAUAGAAUACUUGAUAGUCCAUCAAGCGCUAUCGAUCCGAACAAAGAAUUUAAAACAUUGAGUAUGCAAUAUAAAAAUGAUUCUAGUUCUUUCCCGGAGGACGUAGAGGACAAUGCGUUCUUUACUCAAUUGGAAUCAGUUGUAAACGCUCAUCCAAACUUUAGAAGCCUCGAGAAAGAAUUUUUCAACACUGUUGCGUUAUUACUAGGAGAAGAGUCGCAUCUCGAUUAUUUGAUGCACGAUACGGUGACAUUGUACCAGAAGAAAGUCUUACAACACAUUGCUUUAAUCUUCCUCUACAAAGGUCUGAAUGACCAUGGCAGGUGCGCUCGUUUUCGGUACCGUCAAAUCAGACGAGCCCUGGGUUUAUUGGAAGUAACCUGCUCUGCCGAUAUCAGCAGAGGAAGACUAUCUCUAGCGACGGCGUACUAUUGCAUGGGAGACUACACCAAAGCUCUAAAAUUCAUCCGACAAUACGAAAGCACAAUUGAGAACGAUCAGGGUAUUCUUUACAUCAGUUCGCGCUAUCCGAAUGAUACAGAGGAAGCAUACAAGAAAAACUUCUGUAAUGGAAAUUUGACGAAAAUGGAAAAGGCGUCCAUGGGUAUCUCCUACGAUUUUGAGAUAUUUCGAGCGAUGCCAGUAUAUCCAAAAGAAAUAGGACUGGAAAUACUGCUUGUGAAAAGUACUUCGGCAAGAGUGUCUAUCCCGCCACCCCCAUACGCCAUCUUUCUGAAGGCAAUGUGUUUCGCCCAAAAAUACGAUUUCAACAAAGUGAAAAUUUUGGAAAUAGAACUUUUAGAUUGUCUUUCCUUUGCUCACAAGUCUGCUCUUCACCUUAUAUAUUUAAUGUUGGGUGUGUGUGACGUAAAAUUGGACCAACAUAACGAAGCACUGCGUCAUUUUUAUCAUGCCUACCGGCACAAGAAGAUUUUGACUUGGCGGCAUAGUCGCUGUGACGAGUGGGACUCGGUCCAAGCGCCUCUGUUAUACGUUGCUAUGCAGUUAAGACUCCUGAUGUGAUGUCCUUACUAUUGUCUUUUACUAAUUAACAAUUUUUAAUUGUCAAUGACCUAUGAUCAUUGACAAUUAAAAAUUGUUAAUUAGUAAAAGACACUAUGGUGAAAUAUAUGAAUCGUUGAGAUUUGAUGAGUGGUCGUGAUCAAAGCCACAUGCAGGUCUACUUAAUGUGUGAACACAAUUGUUGUAGUACAUGGACUUGGAUUAGUCAACAUAAGCUUCUUACUUCAAAAACAUUUCAAAAACAUCUCACUGAGGUUACCUUUUUUUUGUUGUGAGCGCCUUUGCGUAUGUGUCAUAAAUUGUUCCAAAUACAUAUUAGACUCAAUUUCAAAAGCAUCCGUUUCAACCGGCUUACUAGUAGUCCAUUUAAGAAAUCUUCUAAUGUUAUCCUUUUAUUUGUAAUAGCGACGCAGCGCACUCAUUGAGUAUAAUAACAGAAUGUUUAUACUAGUGAGUGGACUGAGCUAUAAUAUUUUUUUUCCAUUUAUAAUUGUUCUACCUAUUUUAGGGAGAUAAAAUACGUUGCUCGGGUUUAUGUGGCGCUUUUUUAAAAAUUUCAUUCAUGUAUGUUGUGAGAAUUUGGUUGU